GAUGGAGUGAUAGUUGGAGACGACAACGCCGAAGAGGCGCACACUCUCCCACUGGACCCGAAAUCGAUCACCUUCGCCACAAAUUUCACAAAUGAUAAACUGACGGUAAGUUGGAACAGAUGUUUUACAAGAACGAUGCUUGUCCUCUUGAAGCUGCUCACGAGAUGCACUACUUGCUGCGGAAGGAGCGGUGUAGCUAACACGGCAGCAGGAGAGAAAUGCCUAACAUUCUGUGACCAGAGACCGAACAGAUUCACCGCCCUCGACACCUCAUAUCUUCCAUGUUAUGACGUCUUCGAAAAUAUGAAACGCUGUUUCUUUGUCGAAAUCCGGCGGAAAGCCGAAGCGAAGUUUGGCGGAAAGACGACCUCUCAACAAAUACUGGACAAAUCCGGAGAAUUUUGA